AUGAAAUUAGAAGUGGUUUUGUUUAUUGCGCUUGUUAUUGACGCGUCCUUUGUGCAUGCUGAUGAUUCAACUCAACAGCCGACCAACGAAAAAAAGUUGGGAACCACUGAACUAGAGAAUGAUAGCGUGGAACGUUCGAUAAUGAAAAUCCUUUUUUCGCGACGACCUAUUCCGCAUAUCGCGUUAACCCUUUCAGAGCAGUUGUUAACAGCUCAGCUGGAAACUGGUAUAGCAGACAAGGAGGAUGAAAGUCCAUCGCCGCCAAAAGUCAAAAAUUUAUUUAAUGGAAAAGAAUCGUUCACUUUUACUAUAUUCGACCAAAAGAUCCAAAUUCCACUGCCGAAAAUUACUUGGACUUGGGAAGGUCUCGGUACAGGAAGCGAUCAAAUCAUGAAGAAGCUUCGCAAAGAUCCCUCAAUAAGAACUUAUGCUGUCAUCGCCGCCAAUAUUAUUGGGCUAGUAAUAUUUUAUUUUGUGCUGUUCGUCGCCAAUAUUUAUCUGCAUUUGAAACAUCGACGUGCAAUUGCAGCAGCAAUUAAUGAUAAACCGUUACUUAAACGUAGUCGUUCAAACAGAUUCACUGCGACACUUCAGAAUGCUUCUCGAACGCAACGGCAUACGUCCAUGAUUAAACUAGACAGCGACGCUUUGGGGUCGAGUCACCCCGGUGACAUCAGGCUGGAACAAGACUCACUGGUCAGUGAGGUAUUCGAUUCAACUCCAGUUCCGAAUUCAUCGGGAAGCGCUCCUCAACAUUCGAGCGGGCAUCAACGAGACAUUGUUGCUGAUGUGCACCAUGAGACUAAUGAACCAAUCGAUCGUUCGCAUAUCGAAAGACCGCGCACAAGUUCGAAUCAAUCGGACAAUGACGAGAAUAACGCUAAUAAUACAAUAUUAUCGGAUGCGUUGCAACAACAUCCCAAUGAAUCCAGCCGAUCGAUGGCAUAUCAUAAUACGUCUUCUUCACUCAAUGAACCGGUUCUACCACGAGACUAUGAACAUGGACGUACUGAACCAAUCUGA